AUGAAAUUUUUUGAAGCUUCGCAUACCUUUUUUUACUCCUGGUCUCAUGUUUCUGCUGCAAGCUGGAGAAAAUAUCCUAAUGAUAAAUGUCCGCACGUUAUCGCUAUUGAUGUUCUAGACCGACAUGUUGACCCAGAAACAGGAAUACUUCGAACAGAAAGGUUAAUAACAUGUCAACAAAACAUACCAAAACUAUUAAGUAAAUUAUUUGGCGGUUCUACUGUGACCUAUGCCAGAGAAAUAAGCGAAAUUGACCCAAAAAAUAAAGUGUUAAAGAUGACAAGUUGUAACUUGUCGGUAAAUCAUUUGGUUAAUGUGUCGGAAACCGUUGUUUACAAAGAAGAUCCUUCAGACCCAUCUAAGACUUUAUUCAAGCAGGAGGCAAGCAUUAAAUGUGGUGAAUCAAUCUCUCAAUUUGCGAGCUUCAUAGAAGACUUCUUUGUCCAAAGAUUUGGAGACAAUGCAACAAAAGGAAGGCAAGGGUUUGAGAACGUUUUGGAUCGACUAAAGGGCCAAGGAGAAACAAUUAAAAGCUAG